UCAAAGGUUUGUAUACAUGGUCAAAACCUGAGUAAAAGCUUGGGAAACUGCAGCGCCUUGUAUGUGAGAUUUUAGCCGAAUUUCUAAAGGAAACCUUGGGUGUUUAUCUCUGCUGAAAKUAACACAGAUCCAAGAUGGUUGUAGAUAGAAAAUACUCCGCGGAAACAAGGCAGCUUUUAAAUCAGAAAGRSCUGAAAUGCGUCUGCGAGCUGUGCGAUUGUGGACGCUAUCAUCGACACGAAGGCUGUACCAAGAAUGUCCAUAAGAUUCAGCAAGUUUUUAAGCGUCCAGGAAUGGGUCACGUGGCGACUGACUAUCAGAACACUUACAAGCAGCAUGAGCAUGCUCGUCAAAGACAUCUAAUGAGACCAUURCCUAAACUUCGUAAUCCCAACCCUCCCCCCAUGGAUUUUAGAACUGAGCAAAGAAUGGAGUUUAUAGAGAGAGAGAUACCUAUGACUAAACCUUGUAAGAUGGCCGAAUCAUACGAGCGAUCCGAUGAAAAGUUGGAUGGCCUCACAGUUUAUAAACAAGAAUUCAUUCAGCGAGGAAUUCCUUCUGUUCCCAAAGUAACCCGUCCACAGACGAUCAUCGCUCCAAACAUGACAAAGUUUCAAGACAAAACAACUCAUAACACAACCUUCACACGCAAGGUUCCUGCUCCACAAGUGACAUAUGGCGAACUGCCAAGCUUUACCGGUUCUAUCUUGUUCCCUGAUCCUGCGUCGGACGUAAAGACAACAAACCAGGAAGUUUAUAAAGGGAAAUUCGCUAAAGUAGCUGAUUUAUGUAAACCAGCACAAGCACAGGUUACCAUCGGCAUUGAAGGGCAGYACUCACACGAAACUACCCAUCGCGAUACAUUCAAAACCCCUGAUAAAGAAGGAAGACAACAGCUGAGGAAACGAAACCCGAAUCUAAAAACGGACGCGCGAGCCAAAUUUCAAUCUCAGACGCAAUUCAAGAGUGACUUCCCAGGUUAUGGCGGGAAAAUGCCCAAGCCCACAAGGAUGAUCCAGCCGCCACCAGAAACAGUCAACCUGGCUAUGAAUAACAAAAGGGAGUUUAAAACGACCAAUGAGCAGUUCUUUACGCCGUCUUGGGAYCCCAAGACUAUUGGUAGAACCCAGAUAUUAAAGCCUGAUGCAGGGAUCUAUAAAAAACCCGACGUUAAGAUGCAAACAGUCACGCAAUCCAUGACUGAUUACAUUGAAAAGGAGCCAGUCAAAAUGCCCAAUAUUCGACCACAGACACGAACAGAACCGAACAAAUCAAAGUUUCGCGAUGAGACGGCAUAUAACAGCCAGUUUAAACACUAUGGAACAGCCCCAUUUAAGCGUUACGGAGACCYACACGAAUCAGGCUACUACCUCAAACCUGUUACCAAGUUCUAUCAGGAUGGGUCCGUAACAAUGCAAGACUUCCAAGGUGCACAUGGUGGAAAGCCUAGCACUCCUCACGUACCAAUACAGAAAUUGCAUAACAACGAAGGAGAAAUAUUAGAUCAAACGACUUACAAUUCGACCUAUGUCCAAAAGCCUGCACAAACGUGCUCUUACCUUGAGUGGGURAAGGAGAGGGAAACAAAGAAAAUGGCGGACAAGAUCAUGCAAAAACACCAAACAAACAAGAUGUUUMAGGAAACACACACUGCGAAAACGGCCGUUGUGUGUGGCAAGUGAGUUGCUAUUAUUGAAAAGAAGCGUUCGUAAAAAUAAUCCUAAWGAGAGUGUUGUAAAUUUUGAACUGACCAUAUAGUAGCUACAAUCUACGGAUUAAAACACUUAUCACUGAAGGAACCUUUAUUAUUAUAAUUGAAUCAAUGCACAUAGUUAACUGUUUAGUAUCGGAGACUAUACACUAUUUCAGGUUAUAUGUUGUAUAUUGAUGACUGUCUAUAAUUUAGUCUCCUCUCGAACGAACGUCCUAACGGCUGCGAGAGGAGACUAUCUAUAAUUAUGUGAAUCAAAAACGCAUUUACUAAAGCUCAAAARUAUAGGUUAGGAACUCGUUUUUCUAUGUAUUUGAUAUAUAUAUAUGAUAUGAAUAAAACAUUGAGUACUGAUUA